AGUAACCGUUAUAUCCGUAGUUGAAAAAUUUGAAUUUGUUUCGAUACGGGAAGCGGUUAUUUGAUUGUGUGCCAUGUUAUUUUGUUUGGAAGAUUUAAAAAAACGAAAGACAAUACCUUUAACUGAUUCUGAGGUAUUAAUUGGAAGAAGUAACAUUGCAACAGUUCAGAUCAUAUCAACUUUAGUUUCUCGAAUUCAUGCAAAAUUAAAAUUGGAAGAAAAUCAAUGGCAAAUUCAAGAUACAAAAAGUGUAAAUGGGAUUUAUAUAAAUGAAAAAAGGCUGAAAUCUGAAGCUGUGCAAAUUUUAAAUAUUGGUGACAUUAUAUGUCUUGGACCACCUAACAAAUCUGAAUUUAAAUUUCGUUUUUCUGAAUUUAUUUCCUUAAAUGAUUCUUCAGAUUAUGGAUCACCUUGUAAAAAAAGAAGUAAACAAUCUUUUCAGGAUAAUUUAACCAAGAACAAACGUGAUAAGAAAGAAAAUAGUGAGAAAAAAAUUACAGAUUGUGGAAGAAUUCCUGUUCAAAGUGAUGUUAAUACUGAAAAUAAAAACUGUGUAAAACUAAAAAUAAAAAGUGCUAAAACUCAAUUCAAAGACAGCAAGGAAAAUGCAAUGGUUAUCAAAGAAAUUGCUGAUAAAGUAAAGAAUAAUGAAGAUUUAUUAAUAAGAAAUGUGAAUAAAUCAGAAAAUAUAGAACUUGUAAGUAAUGAUGUAACUAAACUGGAAACUACUGUAAUUACAGAACCACGUAAUACAGAACAUUUGAAACUGGCAAUUGAUAAUUUAAAAUCAAUGCUAGAAGAAAAAGAAAAAAUCCAAGAGGAACUACAAAGAAAGUUAUUACUUGCUGAGGCACAACUUAAAGAAAACAAGAAAGAAAAUACAGAUAAUUUAACCAAGAACAAACGUGAUAAGAAAGAAAAUAGUGAGAAAAAAAUUACAGAUUGUGGAAGAAUUCCUGUUCAAAGUGAUGUUAAUACUGAAAAUAAAAACUGUGUAAAACUAAAAAUAAAAAGUGCUAAAACUCAAUUCAAAGACAGCAAGGAAAAUGCAAUGGUUAUCAAAGAAAUUGCUGAUAAAGUAAAGAAUAAUGAAGAUUUAUUAAUAAGAAAUGUGAAUAAAUCAGAAAAUAUAGAACUUGUAAGUAAUGAUGUAACUAAACUGGAAACUACUGUAAUUACAGAACCACGUAAUACAGAACAUUUGAAACUGGCAAUUGAUAAUUUAAAAUCAAUGCUAGAAGAAAAAGAAAAAAUCCAAGAGGAACUACAAAGAAAGUUAUUACUUGCUGAGGCACAACUUAAAGAAAACAAGAAAGAAAAUACAGUAAAAGAGAAUAAUGACAAUAAUCAAGAAGAAAAUUGUAGUAAAGAAGAAAAACCUAAUCCUUUAGACCAUGUAAAUGAUAUAAUGGAGUCAGAACUAAUAUGCAGUAUAUGUACAGAGUUAUUUAUUGAGGCAAUUACUUUAAACUGUUCUCAUUCAUUCUGUAAAAUGUGUAUUCAGUUAUGGAAGAAAAACAAGAAAAAACAAGUCUGUCCUGUUUGUCGGACAAGUAUAAAAACAGAAACACCAGCAUUAACAAUUAAUAACAUAAUUGAUAAAAUGGUAGAAAAUUUAGAUUCUGAAAUGAAAGAAAAACGAAAACAACUAAUUGAUGAACGAUUAUCAAUUGCAGGUUGUAGUAAGGAUAACAGAAAUAAUAAAUCAGUAGUAAUAAUAAGUGAUACAGAAUCUGAGAUAAGUAAUUCUGAUGAUGAUGAAAAUAGUUACUAUUCUGAUACUGAAUGUAGUAGUUCUUCCACAAAUGACGAUUAUUUUGAUGGGUGUUUUUCAUGUGGACGAAGGAGUCAUGAUACUAUAAUGUGUCCAUACAAACAUGGGUACUCUCUACGUAAUUACAGAUAUUGACAGUUAUUUUUCUUUUUGUAAAGAAUAAAUUAUAACAAAAUUUUUUUAAAAUAUUGUUCAUUAUUAAUAUAAAAAAAUGUAAGGCAUAUAUUAUUCACCUUUUUAUAACUUUCAGUAAUAAGAGUGUAGCAGUGUAUAUUUCAGGAAAGAUAUGCAGAAAAAAGAUGACAACAUUUAUUUUUCAUUAUUUUGUAAUUAAUAUAUAUCAUUGUCAAUGGCUCAUUGCUAAUAUGUGAAUUGCAUUUCUUUUUAGUUAUCAUUAUUGAUACAAUGUUCUUGGUUUAUUUUAGCUAAAAUUGAAAACAUAUUCAUAACUUUAUAAACUAAUUUUAAUAAAAAUAAAUUUUAUUUUAAAAAUUUAUAUUAUUAAAAAACG